GCAACGGGCGCAGACUCAAGUUUGGGCUGGCAGGGGUAUUUAUUCUUUCAAUUGGGCUUUCUGUGAAAGUUGCAAAUUGUGCUUAAUCUGCUCCGAACAGCCUCAUCUCCGUUGUUUUGGUGCGGCUUUGUACGAGUGGAAGUAUGCCGCUAAAAUGGGUUUUGCAUUGGCAACCGAAUGCCGGCAGCACUGUUAACAGUCAGAUACUCAACGAGGUUUCGCAGUGUGUUGAGAGUAUCCAUGGCGUUAAAGGGGGCAAGUGGAAAGCUACUCUUACAUUCUACAAACCCAUCUUAAGAGAUACGAACAUAGCAGCGGGCGAGUUCCCGCGCGACUUUCUUGGAAUUUCUGUGCCGGAGCAACCAAACAAGUACUAUCUCAUAAUUCGUGGCCAACGGAUCGUGUUAGAAGCUGAUUUUACGAUUCAGGCUAUAAUGGAGAAGCUGCAGUCUUACAAAUUGCGCGUUGCUCUCAAUUUCGAGGGGUUUCAGUACCAAUUAGGGGAUUUCCAACUAAGAGUGGGAAAAGUUGUUCCCAACAAUUCCGAGAAUUUGAGAGGAAUUGUCAUGGAGAUUGAGUAUCUGCCAAUUUCUUCAAUGGAGAAAUCAAAACAGGUGAUGGAGGAGUUUUUCGAGGUAUGGCAAGAAGCCAUGUCAAAAAGCUCCCUACCUGGUCGUUUCAUGCACAUAGAACCCAACUUUGCAGAAUAUGGACUGUCGGAUUACUAUACUUCUCAACACACAGCGGUUCAGUAUGCCAAUGUGAUGGCCCAGCUAAUCGCUACUGUGCAAGCAGUUCAAUCAGCCAGAAACUAGAAUAAAAAUUGCUUCUUUUUUUUAUUUUUCAGCUUGAGAUCAGAACUCUUAUGAUGUUUAAACUUGUUCCUCUUAUUCGAAUAAUGGAGGAUAAAUUUGACUG